GGGGAAAGUUUAAGAUAUUUAUUCGAUGUGUCAUCACAGUGAAUUUAAGGCAAAUGACGCUAUACCCUUAAGUAAUGGGUCCAGCAAUGUCAUGUCUACAUAAAAAUCAAAACUUAUUGUUGCCUAUCCACAACAAAAAUCCGUCCCUUACAAAAUAUAUUAGCGAAUUUGAUCAAGUUCACGUCUCCACCCAGUCUGUGUCCAGGAUGUCUGCUGAAAGCAUAUGUGAUCAGAAAAAGGGAAGUUUUCAACAAGUCGAUUUGGUUGGAGCAAUAGAACGCAAUGACAUAGAUGCUGUCGUAGACCUGAUCAACAACUAUUCGUUAGAAAGCUGGGGUGAUGUUUCCAAUUAUGUGACCAACAACUAUAGAAUUCACAACCCCAUGGAGACUGCUUGUAAUUUGGGACGCACAAAUAUUAUUCACAUAUUCUUUGACAACGGAUGCAGCGCUAAUCUGCCAACAAGCUCAGGUCGUUUGAUUCAUACUGUGUGUAAAAAUAUACAGACCCGAAAAAUUAAUAUAGAAGAUGGUCGCAAACUCCUUAAAUUGAUGUGUCAUCAGAAUAAUUGUAAUGUGAAUAUAAAAGACAUCCAUCAUAAAACACCAAUAUUGUAUGCAUGUGAAAUUGGAGACAAGGAAAUUCUAGAAAUCCUGAUGUCUGUCUCUGAUCCAGAAAUCCUUAAAUGCAAAGACCUUCCAAAUGGAUUCACGCCACUCCAUAUGUCAACCAUGAAAAGUGACCUAGAGUGUGUAUCAGUUAUUCUAAAGCAUUUACCAGAGAAAAAUUUUAUUAACAUUCAGGAUAAUAGGGGCAGAACCCCCCUUCAUUUGUCUUUGAUUUCAAUGUGCAAAACCCUUCAAUAUAUGAAUGAAAUAGCAUUAGAUUCAUUAGAGUCUGAGAAAACUUUACAGAGAGAACAAAUAAGUAAGCUAAAACUUAUUCAGGAAAAUUCAAUUUCUGUUGUAGAACUUCUUUUAUUACAUGGAAGUGAUCCAAAUUGCUAUUUGCAUAAUGGAAGACUUUCGCCAGUUCAUUCCAUUGGUGAAGAUAUGCCACUUUACCUUGCUAUGUCACUGGUUGCAAAUGAUCAAACAGCAGACUUCCUCUAUGGAGAUAAAUCAAAGUCCUCAACUGCAGUGCAACCUUUCUUGUUUUCCUCAGUGCCAAAUAAUAAUCUAAAGCCUUCCUCUUAUUCAUCUCUUGUGAGACUUCUUAUCUUGUUUGGUGCUAACCCCAAAGAAAGCAAAGAUCUAUGGUUAACUUCCUUCCAAGAUGAACCUUCUGUGAAUCCUCUGAUAGAGGAGGUGUUUUCUUACAUUGAGAACAAAGGUUGUGGUCCCAAUAAACUUUUUCAGUUGUGUAAACAAGUGAUUAGACUCCAUCUGACUAAAUCACAGAGUCUCCAUAAAAUAGAUGAGCUUCCCUUACCUACUUCCAUGCAAGCAUAUAUAAGAUUUCAAUUUCUGUAA